UAUAAAUCCAGUAGAAAAUGGAGGAUCUUUUCAUUCUUUUAUACACAGAUAUCCAUGAUCGCAAUCGUUACGUAUGUCUUUGGACAAGUUGAGCAAGAAGUGAUGGUCCUCGUUUCCCACCAUUUUCUUAUAUCUAAUUCCCCCAUGGGAUCCUUAUCUAUGUAAAUUCUCGGUUGUCUUGGCACAGAGCCGAACAGAGGCGGUGAAGAGCAAUGAGAGAAGAGGCUGGCGAGAUGUCCAAGAAAUCGUGGCCGAAAGUGGUGGUCAGAAAAUGGCUGAACAUCAGAAGCGGAGCCGAUGAAUUUCACUCCGAUUACGCUGUAAGAGAGAAAAGAGCGGAGAGAAGGAAGAGCUGCUCAGACCAAGGCUGUUAUGUGUUCGUACCACAAGGAUUUUCAGAAGGAUGGCUCGUGGAAGCAAACAAUAAUCUUAAAGAGUCCGAGUUCAGCUGCAAAGCAUCGCCCAUCGCAGAUACUCUUAAUCUAAGGCAAGUCUUUACAUAA